GGCCGCCGGGGGCGUGGGGGGCGCGGGGGCGCGGGCCGGGCGCCAUGGGCAACCUGUUUGGUCGCAAGAAGCAGAGCCGCGUCACCGAGCAGGACAAGGCCAUCCUGCAACUGAAGCAGCAGCGGGACAAGCUGAGGCAGUACCAGAAGCGGGUGGCGCAGCAGCUGGAGCGCGAGCGGGGCAUCGCCCGGCAGCUCCUGCGGGACGGCAAGAAGGAGCGGGCCAAGCUGCUGCUGAAGAAGAAGCGGUACCGGGAGCAGCUGCUGGACAAGACGGAGAACCAGAUCACCAGCCUGGAGACCAUGGUGCAGAGCAUCGAGUUCGCCCAGAUCGAGACGAAGGUGCUGGAGGGGCUGCGGCUGGGGAACGAGUGUCUGAACAGGAUGCACCAGGUGAUGUCCAUAGAGGAGGUGGAGCGCAUCCUGGAUGAGACCCAGGAGGCCGUGGAGUACCAGCGGCAAAUAGACGAGCUGCUGGCCGGGAGCCUCACGCAGGAGGACGAAGACGCCAUCCUAGAGGAGCUGAACGAAAUCACUCAGGAACCACUCGAGCUCCCAGAAGUCCCUUCAGAGCCCCUGCCUGAAAAGAACCCAGAGAAAGUCCCGGCCCAGGCCAGGCCCAGGCAGGCGGACCUGGUGGCAGCCUCCUAACUCGGCCUUCCCGCGAGGGACUGGUGGGGGCCCCCCAGGGACUGGGGCCACCGCGAGGUCGGGCGUGUGGCCAGCCCUGGCCGGGCCGCCGGUGCUGACGGCGCGGUGCACGCAGGGCUCGCAGCCAGGCCGACCCCGGGGGUCCUCUCCGGGGCCGGGGACUGCACGGCCCCACUCGGCCCCUCGGGCCAGAUGCAGCUGCUGAGGCCGUGGCCCCCGCAGGGCCUCGGUCGGCCGUCCCGCCUGGUGCUGGUCACACUUCCUGUCCCCGGCCCCCGUGAGGAGCUGCGGCCGCGCUCUCCCGAUGGACGCCGCACCGAACCCUGCCCCUCCCUCCCCCUCACUUCCUGCUGCUCCCAUCCGUUGGCGGGCGCUCCGGCCGAGGGGCGCCUGCCCUGGCCAGGCCUCCCGACACGCCCGGUCGCCGUGUGGGUCCGGGGUGGAGGCCUCUCCAUGCUUCCGUCUGCAGCUGGGGGGCGGGCAGGAGGGGCGUGUCCCUGCUGGCUGGACUCCCGGAGCCCUGCCCGCUCCCCGUCACCGGUGGGUCCUGCCGGCGGUCCCGGAGGUGCUGGCGGCGCCCGCGCGUCCGUGGAACUCUGGGGCUGGAGCGUGGGACCUGCAGGGACCCGGGACCUGCCAGCCCGCCAGCUCCGAGCUGUCAGCACCAAGGACAGGCUGUGGGGGCGGGAGUCCCGGUCCGGGUUCACCGUCUGUUCGGAGUCAGCGUCGCCGGGGUGUCGCCCCAUUAAAGUGGAUCCUGCAUCCCUGC